AUGGCUAGUCCUACCGUACUCGCUUUCGAUGCCGAGGGCCGUCCAGUGAAGUUCGAAACCUGGCUAGAUGACCUGCACCUUUUCCUACAGCUCACUGCCAAGGAGGAUAUCUCACUGUACGACCACGCCCUAGGCCAUGCUACUGCCCCUGACACUUCUGCUGACAGCACUCUGCGCUCCCAGUGGCAGACUCGUGACGCGCACGCUCGCUUCGCUAUUCGCAACUCCCUACCGCUAGACGAGCGCGAGCACUUCGGCCAGUGCAAGACUGCUAAGGAACUGUACACAGCCGUAGUUGGUCGUUACUCCUCACCGGCUUCUGCUACACUAGGCCGCCUCUCACUGCCCUACCUGUUCCCCGAUCUGGCCUCCUUUCACACUGUUGCUGACCUCAUCACCCACCUCAAGACUAUCAGGGAUUCCUUUCUAGCUCGCUCCCCUACUGAGCUCACCAUUGCCCUCCUCGAGAAGGACCUACUUGCAGCUGAGGCGAGCAUCGUCGCCGUAGGUGCCUCUCGUGGCGAGCCCCGCACCCCCUUCUUUGAGGGGUGUUCCCCUUCCCCCCUUCUCCCCUCUGUCGCCUCUGCUGCUGCUGUCGACCUCCUUGGUGCUGAGAAGGUCGGGACCGCGUCUGCUCCGAGCGGGCGCCGCAGGAGCAAGGGGGGCAAGGGUGGAGGUGGUGGCGGGGGAGGCGGGGGUGGUGGCGGUGGGGGUGGAGGUGGGACUGGAGAGGCUAGUGGCGGCAGUGGGGGUGGUGACAGCAGCGGCGGGAGCAGUGGCAGGGGCGGAGGCGGCAGCGGAGGCGGAGGUGGUCGUGGCGGCGGCAGGGGUGGAGGUGGCCGAGGCGGUGACGGCGGCGGUGGUGGUCGUGGAGGCGCUGGCGGUGGCCAGAGCCAGCAGCACGCCCCGUCGCUCCAGGAGGCACGUGAGUGGUACUCGCAGCGGGGGGGGGCGGGUGGCUUUACCUGCACGUACGUCAUCCGCACUGGUGACCGCACUGGCCAGACGUGUGGGAGGCCGCACCCCACGCACCGCUGUUUCUCGCGCCUUACCGACGCUUGGCGCGCUCAGUUCCCUGGCGGCGCUGAGCUUCCCCGCUGGGGUGAUCUGGAGAGGAAGGGAGUUGAUAUCUGGGCCUUAGACUUUGAUGCUAUUCUCACUGCCAUGUAUGCGAUGUUUACUAGUGGAGAGGGUGCUCAGUACUUGCGUGUUCCGCCCGACCCGGGCAUUCUGACCAGUCCGGCUGCCGCUCUAGGUGCUAGUGAGUCUGCUGCCCCAGGUCCUGGUGAGGCUGCUGCUCUAGCCACUCGCUCGGCCAGUUGCUGUCUCCCUCGCUGA